GGGAGAGAGAGAGAGAGAGAGAUGAUCUUGUUCUGGCUUCUGCUCAACAACACAAAACAAAAUCCCUAAUUUUUCCUAGGUGCCCCCACCCCACUCCACCCCCCUUUCUUGUUCUUGACUGAUCGAUUCGUCUCCAUCCCGACGUUUCAAUUACAGUAAAGUUCCUACCUUUUUCCGCCACAGCCGUGUGAGGAAUCGAUUUCUCGCGGAAGUGCAUCUUUUGUCGUAUCAAGGACUGCGCAGCUCUUGAAUUUGGAGCUCCUGUGAGUUGAUUUCGGAGUUUGAGGUUGUGGGUCUGUCGAAUAUGUUGUCGGCGCAGGGAUACAAUACAAGCAUUAUGAAGCGUGGGAAAGAUGGUGAGAGGUUGAUGGGACCAAUGUUCCCGCGGUUACAUGUAAAUGAUGCGGACAAAGGAGGCCCGAGAGCGCCUCCACGGAACAAGAUGGCCCUUUAUGAGCAGCUCAGUAUUCCUUCACAAAGAUUCAACCCCGGGUUAUUGCCUGGUAAUCCGAAUAUAAGUAAUUCGUUCCCAACGUCAUCUUCUAGUCAGAUGAAUGUUGCAGACAGGAAAAAUUUCUUCCCUCUCUACAUGCCUCUUUCUGAACCAGCUUUUCUUCCGGAGAAGCUCAACAGUCUUCAGUCUGACAGAUCCAACUCGAAAGCUUCGCUCACUCAAUUUGGGCAGCAUAAUAAACCGGGGGAUGAAGACGAUUGCACUGUUCCGGUACUUGCUCGGUCGCGAGAAUGCUACGAGAGAACCCGGAACAUUAAGGAGAGCGAAAGCUCCAUGGCAAUGAGGAUCCAAACUCAAAACACUGGCAUAGAGAGGUACGCAGCAGUACCCAACAAUAUCAAUGGAGAAUCAAAUGGUGUUGAUAAAUGUCCUCGUGAGAGUGGAAAUAAUGAAUCUUUGAGGGAGAUCGAGUUGGCAAAUGCUCCUGAACCCAGAAGGAACUCGCACUCUGGAAAUACAGAGAGGAGCGAUGAUCUGUCAGAAGCCUCCAUUUUAGAUUCAGUUUCGGCAAUGGACAUCUCUCCCGAUGAUGUUGUGGGAAUAAUAGGUCAAAAGCGUUUCUGGAAGGCAAGGCGAGCGAUUGUCAAUCAACAGAGAGUAUUUGCCGUGCAAGUCUUCGAGUUGCAUAGGCUGAUAAAGGUUCAGCAGCUGAUUGCAGGUUCCGCUCAUCUUCUUACGGAAGACGCGUCCACUCUGAGCAAGCCAUCUUCAAAAAGCUCGCCUGCAGCAAGACUAUUAGGGGAAAAUGACAUCAAGUCUCCGUCCCCUGCCGUGAAACACAGAGACGAGCCUGAGAAGCUGACCCACCCGGUGGAAUGUUCUGCUGAAAAUGCAGUUGGUCAGACCCCCGUCUUUUCCAAUAAGAGUGCUCUGUCUGGUCCUCUAGUUUCUAGCACGGGCCCUUGUGGCGCAGCACAGCCGCAGCCCCAGCCCAUGGGCCAGCAACAGUGGCUUAUCCCCGUAAUGUCACCUACCGAGGGGCUCGUGUAUAAGCCCUACUCCGCCCCUGGCUUUGGCAGCACAGGCUUCUGUGCGCCACAUGGGGCCUCUCCUAUGAUGAUGGGCAACUUUGGAAAUCCUGCAUAUGGGGUCCCCGCGCAUCAAGGGAUGGGUUUCCCAGGCAUUCCUCAUGGAGGACAUAGCUAUUUCCCAACUUACAGCAUGCCCAUCGUGAGCGUUGGAAUCACCGGUGCGGGUUCUGGUUCCAUUUCAGCCGUUGAACAGGUGAAUCGUCCAACUGAACCGACUCCUGGUAUUGAAACUAGUCAGAUGUUGAGAAAAGAAUCCAACCAGCCAAAAUUCCAAAGCUCGUGCAAUAAUAAUAGUGUCCCAGUCCCAAUGGCCACUCCAGCUGCUCCAAGACUUCACACACCAAAGUCUGACUUACAGGGGAGCACUGCAAGCAGCCCCCACAAUAGUAGAGCCGAGCCAACUCAAACCGGCUCAUCACUAAACCAUAGCUCAUGUAAAGAGGUACAAGGCACUGAACCAGUUGGCUCCAGUGAAAGAGAGAGAGAAAUCGGAAAUGCUCAGAGUGGAGACGGGAAAGAUGAGCUCCCGCUUUUCCUAAUGUCUCCAGCAACUGCAGAAGCUAACCGGCCAACACAGGUCAUAAGAGCCGUGCCCCACAAUGCCAGGUCCACCUCUGCAUCAGUGGCUAGAAUAUUUAGGUUUAUCCAGGAAGAGAGAAAACAGUAUGACUCGGUUUGAGGCUGCGGUUGUUCCUGACUGUUAGUUCAGCGUCAAAUGUUUUUCAUACCCGUGAUUCUAGAGAUUCUGCUCUGGUUUGGUGUUAGUCAUAGGUGAUAAUGUUUUUGGCCAAAAAGAGGUGAUAUGUUUGUAGAUAUAAUGCUUCUAAGAGGUGGAAGUGUUCCUGUAACUAACCAAUACAACCUGUUUCUGUGUUCAUGCUACUAAGUUGCAGCUUAACUUGGUUCCUUUUCAGAUGAAUAUGAGAUCAGACAACCUUUGCUUCUGUACUCC